AUGAUGGAGCCGCCUUCAUCUAUAUCUUCCCUCACAAAGAUCUGUCUCCGGGAGUUCCUGGAGUUGAUAGAGCUAUCGAAAAGCGUGGACAAUGCCUCUGAGAUUGGCCCAAAUUUACAGGAUGAGCUUGGCCGAUUGCGCGUCUGGAUAGGGAAUCUUGGAGCUCAUCGCAAACAAGCGGAUCGCUUGUCUCUAGAUCAUCGAUUACGAGAAGCACCGGGUCUACACAGUCAAGUCCGAAAUCAUAUCACAGCGCUCAUAGAGGCUGUUCAAGAGGUAACCGCAGUCAUUUCUCGUACGACCAUCGCUGCUGAAUCGUCUGAUAAUAGCAGCUCGGAAGAGGAUGACUCCGAUAUUGAUGAAGAAUGGCAACGGUUCAAGGAGGAAGAAAAUGAUUAUUGUGAAUUGGACGAAUGCUUACUCGAUAUUAGGCACACUAUCACUAGCCUGUAUAAGUUAUCCCUCACCUUACAAAACCCGGCACGUCGCGAUCGAACAGAUAAAGCAGCUCGCAUUGAUCUCUGUCAUUUUGAGUUCUUUGAUAUCCAACAUGCUUCAAACAUGUUUGGAAUUCCUCGAGAGAGUGUCCUUGCACAACGCCUAGGAAAGGCCAACACGAAACGGCGGCAACUUCUCGCAUACCACCAAGAUCACAGUGAUCAGAUCUCAAAAUAUGUUGAUGUGGCCCUGGAAAAGGCUAGGAUAGUCCCUCAGAAAGGACCAAAGUCCAUAUCCACCAAAUGGACACAGGAUACUACGAUUUCGACCGUUCUACAAAGCCCGCAUGCUAGUUGGACACAUAAUACUACGAUUUCGACCGUCCUACAAAGUUCACAUGCUAUUUCUGAUUGUGGAAGGACCAGCUUGUCGAUAACAACGUCCACGGCAAAUGAUCAGCCAACGGCAUCAAUUCCACCUCCGCCGAGAGAAGCCAAAGCCGCAGAGAAUGAGCCAUUUUUCUGUCCGUACUGUUGCCAGACAGUUCAACUCGAGAACCUCGAUACAGACUGGAAGUAUCAUGUACUCAGCGACCUGCGGCCUUAUAUAUGUACAUUCGGCGGAUGCGUGAAGGCAAACCAGCUCUAUGACAGCUUUACCGAGUGGAGCGAACAUGAGCGACAGUUCCAUCGUCGACAACUAUCAUGUAGUCUGUGUUCCUACACUUCUCGCUCAGCAGAUGAUUUCCGAGCUCACUUGCAAAAUUUGCAUGCCGAUGUUAUCGCCGAGAACCAGCUCCAGACCAUCACUGAAGCUUCCUGGAAACCGAUCACGACAUCUCAACAGUGUCCUCUAUGUACAACGCCUCCAAUGGCGGAUCAGCGUCGGUUUCAGCAACACUUAGCUCGUCACCUGCAAAAAUUGGCCCUAUUCGUGUUGCCCCGUUCUGAGCCAGAAGACGAGUCACAGCCUCUCGAAAGAGGGUCGAAUGAAUCACUGAGAGUGGUGAUGAUGGAUGAUGAGGAAUUGUCGCUCUCUUCCACAUCGAUUCACGAAACUCGCCCCAUAGCUAAAGAUACAAAGCCUGAUGAGUACUCAUCAACCUUGGGAUGGUGGGUGUGCUGCCAAUGCGCCGAUAUGAGCAACUCUCAAUUGGCUCCGACAAGGUGCUCCGUCUGCAGUCACUACCGUUGCGAUACCUGUGAAAAUCCCCAGAGCAUGGGUCUAGAAUCCGAUAGUGACUAUGGAGGCGGAGUAGGAUUGCCCGAAGGAUCUGUUUAUGGAUCCGAAGACGAAAUAAGAUUGGGCCAACAAUCUAGGGGGUCUUCUUCGGGUUUUUCUUGGAAACAAAGAAGCGGCAAUGAAGGGAUUCAUGGCGACAAGAUUUUCGACGACUUCCGUCAAGGUGCAGACGACGCAAAAACGACCGAGGAAGAGGCAAUGGCAAGAUGGGAGAAAGUGAUAUUAUAUGAGGAUAUGGAACGCACAAAGAGACAAGCGGCCGCAGAGGCUGCCACGAAGCCCACCCUGGAUCAAAAUCAGACAAUCAUGUUUAAAGAUCAUGUUGGGAGAAGUUUCAACAUUCCUCUUGUAUUGUGCAGGACUUGGAAGGAGAUGGAUGAUUUGAUUGUCACAUCAUUCCAACACGAUAAGGCGAUUGGACCACAUGUUGCUGAAGGGCAUUAUGAUCUAGUGGGCCCGAAUGGCGAAAUUAUACUUCCCCACACCUGGGACAAGGUGAUUGAGCCGGGAUGGACUAUCACGAUGGAUUUGUGGCCUGGAGUGGGGAACGCGAGUUAUCCUCUAGUCCCUACCAAUCCACCAAAGCCCGCGGACGAUGAGGAGGACGAUUACGGCGUCUACAGCACCGACACGUUAGCCGGCCUGGAUGACUACGAGCGCGAAACCAAACGCUACCAAGCGCAAAAGUCCGGCCGGACGAAUACCAUGCCCGCCCCAGCCGAAGCGCUCCUCAUCAAGAGCGCCGUCGGUGCCGGCAGUGACAACGGUAGUCAAAAGAGCGGCUCGAAGAGCAGCUUCGGUAGCGGUAGCGGCAACGGCGAGAGCAAGAAUAUGAACCUCAUGAUAAACGGAUUAACCAUCGGUUUCAAUGAAACGUCCGUCGCUGGCAAGAACAUUACCAUUCGUGCUGGUGAUAAUGGCCGCGUGCAAUUGUCUAUUGCUGGCGACCGCCCGCCCACGCAGGAUCAUGUCAGUGGCUCUUCGUAUUCCGAUCAGACGGGCCUUUCUGACCGGGGAGAGUUGGAGGAGGCACCCGACGCCGGGAAAGAUGUCAAAAAGAAUUUCAACCGAGAUCCAUCUGGUGCCUUCAGGGUGGGUAUCCGUGCGCCCCGAAAAGGCAAGGCAGAUAAGAAGCCUCAACCAGAGCCAUAG